AGCAAUGAAAGCGGCCUGCAGAUAUUGAAGUCUAUAAGAAGGAGUUACUGGGAGUAAUAUCAACAUGCGUACCACUGUGAGGUAUGGUAGCUGAGACAGUUCAGUUGAAUGAUACCCAGCUAGCGUCAGCAGCGGCUGAAGGGGCAGCAGCUCUGGAGAGAUACAUAGAAUGCUUGAGGUAUAGCUGUGGCGUCUGCUGAAGUUACGAGGGAAAUACACAGGAGCAUCUCUCGCCAUGACGUCAUCAUCUGACAGCAACCGAGAGGGGGAGUCUCACUCAAAGUGGUUGGAUGCCCACUAUGAUCCUGUGGCUGGGCUGCACACGUUUUCCUCUUGUAUCGCCCUCGCUGAUUUACACGGGGAUGGAGAAUUCAAGAUGGUGGUCGGUGACAUGGGCAGUGGACCGUAUAACAUGAAGCUUAAAGUGUACAAGGGCACAAGUAUGAUGUCUGAGAAUACCCUCCUUGACUUGCCAACGGGUGUUGUAACCUUCCUGAUGGACCAGAAUGAGCCACGUACCCCAGCUGUGGCAGUGGCUUCUGGCCCUUUCAUAUAUGUAUAUAAGAACUUGAGGCCAUACUUCAAAUUCACUCUUCCAGCUAUGGAAAUCAAUCCCCUAGAGAAAGAAGUCUGGGAACAAGCAAAGGAGGACAAGAUUGACCCAAUGACAUUGAAAGAGAUGCUGGAGGGAAUCAGAGAUAAGGCAGAGAUUCCGCUGUCAGUGCGAUCGCUACGUUUCCUGAUGUUGGAUGUAAAUGAGAUGGAGUCCUUUGUGAACACUUAUAAACUGCAACCCCUAAAGAGACAGACUGUGAUCACAUGUAUGGGAACUUUGAAGAAAAAUAUGGCAGACGAGGAUGCUGUGUGCUGUCUUGUUAUUGGCACAGAGAGUGGAGAGAUAUUCAUUCUGGAUCCAGAGGCAUUUACCAUCCUGACACGGGUCAGUCUUCCCAGCGUGCCGACGCUCUUGGAUGUCACAGGGCAGUAUGACAUUGAGUAUCGGAUUACAGUAGCCUGUCGCAACGGCAAUGUGUAUAUUCUUCGCAGAGAUUCCAAGCGGCCCAAAUAUUGCAUUGAGCUAACUGCACAGGUGGUGGGGCUGGUUCGUGUCCAGAAAAACAUAAUGAUUGGCACAUCCCAGGAGACCCUGCAUGGAUACUCACAGAAAGGAAAGAAGCUAUGGACAGUGACACUCCCAGCCUCUAUCAUGACGAUGUCUUUGCUGGAGCAGAAAUCACGCAGUAUCCAAGCUGUGUUGGUGGGUCUAAAGAACCUGGAGGUUCAUCUGUACAGAGACAAGAAUCUACUUAGCAUUAUAUCCACCCCGGACAUUGUCACCAGUCUAUGCUUUGGAAGAUAUGGUAGAGAAGAUGACACACUAAUCAUGACCACUAAAGGUGGAGGACUUAUUAUUAAGAUUUUAAAGAGAAUGGCUCAGUUUGAAGAUAAGGAUACGGCACCAGGUCCCCCCACCGGGCAAAGCAUCAAACUUAAUGUCCCCAAGAAAACAAAACUUUAUGUUGAUCAGACACUCCGGGAAAGAGAAAACGCAGUGGCAAUGCACCGUGUAUUUCAAAUGGAUCUUUACCGCCUGCGUCUUAGUGCUGCUCGGGCAUAUGUCAAGGCACUGGAUGCCAGCCUUGCUCCCCUGUCUGCCACAAUGCAGGAACAACUCACUUUGAAUGCAGCUGUGCAGGGAAUUGGUCCCCGCUUCAAGCUGAUCCUAAACCUACAGAACACAUCAGUGAACCGGCCAUCCAUGCAGCUUUUUAUCAGUUUUCUCUAUGAUGAAAGACUUUAUCAACUCAAGCCUGCGUUUUUUAAGGUUCCGCUUCUGGUGCCUGGACUUAAUUAUCCAAUUGAGACAUUCGUUGACUGCUGUAGUGAUAAAGGGAUCUCUGACAUCAUCAAAGUGUUUGUCCUGAGGGAGGGAAGAAGCACACCUUUGCUUACUGCUCAUAUCAAUAUGCCCAUCAGUGAGGGUCUAGCUGCUGCUUGAGCAGGAUAGAUAGGUGGACAACUAGAAGAUUUUAUGGACUGUGUUGGUGCUUAGAAUGUAAAAUAAUUACUUAAAGCAAACAAAGUAAAAAUCCAGGCUUUUGACCCUCCCGGAAAAUGAUGUCCCAUUUACAUAUCACAUUAACUAAAAUAUCAUAAUAUAACUGCCUACUAGUCUCAGGUUGUUGCACAACAGUGCUGUCCUGUUGUUUAGGGACACAGCACUUAUAUCAUUUGUAAU